AUGAGGCACUAAAAAAGACAAGCAUCAUGCGUGCAACGUUAUCAUAUGAUAGACGAGCAUUUGAUGAAGGAGUAGCAGCCGAAUUUAUGAAAGCAGUUCAGUCAAUGUUGGAGGAUCCAUCUAUGAUGGUUGUUGGUGGAUCAAAGGAUUUAAGACUAAAGUUAGAGGCUUAAAAAUAUGAAUAUUUUGUGUACAUUAUGGAAGUGUGUUCAUGAGAGUGCACAUUAAUUCUUUGUUAUAAAACUGUUGAGAUUUUAAUUCAGAGAGCAGUAUUUUGUUAUGGAGGUAGAACUUAUUAUUAUAAAUAUGAACUGUGAAAAUACUUCAAAUUAAAAUUUCGUUUAUUUGAUUUAGUUCCACUUCUAAGGAACCAAUGUGUGAAAAAAAUACUCAUCUUCUUUGAUAUAGUUGACUGUUUGACAUUGACAGACUAACAAACAAGCAUGAAUUGUUCAUUAUCUGAACAAGAAAUCGUAAUAAUCCCCAUUUAUUAAGAUUAUUUGGACUCAAGUCCACAUGAAAAAUGGGUCCCUGAAUUUAUGACAAUUUUUAAAUUCUUUUAUCUGCACAAUGAGAUUAGUUUCCAGAAAAUUACUGUUUCAUGGUGUAUGAAUUCUGUUAUUAGUAAUCCUUUUGAGUUUGGAAAUUGUAAAUGCCUCUAGAAGAGAGCUUUAUAUUAGUUAAAAAAGUAGACUCCUUCCAUCUCGGCAGUAAUUUUGUGAUUUUACUGAAUAGUCAAAAAUAGUGUAAAAUUGACAAUUAAUGACAAUGUUUGUUUGUUUUUUUAAUUAAUUUUUCUAAUGGACCUAAAAAAAUUAAAACCCCUAAAUUCAGGUUUGGUUGGCUUAAUGGUUAAGAUGAUUCCAAAAGGAACUCCACAGUUUGUAAAAUGUAACUUAUUCCCAUGUGCUGGUGUGCAAUAAUUAAAAUGAAAGAAAACAUUACUGUCACUUAAUGGUAUGAUUUUAGACUCUACAGAAAGAAAAGUUAAUGUAGAAAGGUCUGACAGUUUCACUUCUAAAAAAUCAAAUUUCAAAAUAAAAUGUUCAUAUAAUAAAAAACAUAUUUCUAUAGAGUGUACGAUUUGUUAAAAUAGAUAUAAUGAAUAAAAAGGAAUUUUAUAUUAAACCUUUUAAAUGAACUAUUUCCAUCAUACCAUUUUUGUUCAUUCUACUCAUUUCAAAUAAUAUCUCAAAAAUCACUGCCAAAGAUUGUUAAGUUUUGUAAGAAAUAUUAUUAGAUAAUCUUAAUGAAACUGCAUUCUACUCAAAGUAAUAUCCAGUGCUGGAUACAAAUUAAUUGUAAAAAAUGAUUUGAUUUACUCCUGAGAAAUCAGUGUGAAAAGUCACUAGAUAUUAAUGUAUUUAAUUCACAGAAUAAUAUUUUUGACAGCUUAGUAUCUAAUAAGUUGUCCAAAUCACUGAAAAAAUGCAUUUGUUAUUUAGUAUUCUUAAUGGUACAGAAAUUACAGUAUCUCCUUAUCUCUCAGAUUUCUCUAAGAAACAAAUAGUCAUCAAAACCAGCGACCCGUUUAUAGUUUGAAAACUCAUUCUGUGUAAUAAAACUCAAUAUUUUUGGAAUUACCUGUAGAAGUUGUUUGGUAGGUAAAGAAUCAAAUUCUUAAGCGUGGUAUUCACCUUUGGAGGUUUUGUCUACUUUUCUUGUUCCUUCAGCUUACACUAGGGGUGGUUGUGAAUAAACCAGGAAAAUGUGACAAUGGAGCUAGUCGAACGAGAGACUGGAACAAUGGAAGAAUAAUUUGAAAACCUGUUAUUAAUCAGUUUUGCCUACAAAAACCAUGAAGUCUGUAAUAAGGAGUCUAAACUCCAGUGUAAGAUGGUAGGGGUAUGUCAAAAAAUGUCAGCAGCUAAUUGGACUCGCGUAGCUUCAGUGAUUUUGCAAUGAAUGAAGGAACUUACCUCACCUUUUUUUUAGGCCAAUAUUGGCAUGCAUACGUGUAUUUGACCAAACACCAUCUACACUUCAGUGUGUUUCAGUAAGUGUAAAUAGCGUUGUCUGGACACAGGGGCUUGCCGGCCAUUUUGGUGAAUGAAAUUCUCUUAUUGACCACAUGAUGUCACUGAAGCUAGAGCCCAGUGAGCUGCUAAGGCUUUUCAUAUGUAUCCCCAUCACCAGAGUUGAGUGUCUUCCUUACAGACUUUAUGACCUGAACCUUGUAUAGAUUAAAUUAUAGUUUUGGAGCCAGAGAGCAUUCUAACACCUUAGUUCACCUACAUCCUUUAUAUGUUUAUUAAAGUUUUUCUGUCUUGCUCUGAGUGUAUAAAAAAAGAAAACAAUGGUGUCAACAUUUUAAUUAAAUUCAAAUUUCAGGGCAAUUAAGAAGUGACAAUCUAAUAUUUCAGUUUUGGUAAAAAUGAAAUUGAGUGAUGCUAAUGUUCUUGAUAUCAGGCAGAUAAUCUGUCCCUUACACAUGCAAUAAAAAUCUAACAUUUCAUAGAAUAAUUAAAUUUUAUAUGUGUCAUCAAUAACCUUGUUUCCAUUUUGAUUUAUUAUACCUACAUUUGUUUCAGGAAAUUGAAAGAAAUACUAGACAAAAUGUGAUCAUUUCCUUUUCCCUACAUACCAUCCACAUAUUUCAUUUUUUACAAUUUAUGGUGUAUUUAUAUAUAAUUGUCAGAUGCACUUAAGUCUAGAGACAAAGUUCUAAUUUGGCAAGUAUCUUUUAACUGUUUAAACUUAUUUUGAAUUUUAUUAUUUCUUUUAUACAGACAAACCUGCCUAUAACAGAAGAGCAUGGUAAUGACCAAACCUUAGAGACAGUUUUUCGUUAUUACCAGGCUUUCAAAAUUUACUAAGCCGAAUAAAAUGCACUUUGCCACAAAAUAAUUGUUUUAAGAAUAUUGCUUUUGUAGUAUGUACAACAUGCAUAAUUUUUUGAAAUAGUUUACAUACAUAUCCUUAAAAAAACAUAAUGAAAAUAAUCUAACAAAAGUUAUUGUUUUGCCUUUUUCUUUAAUAAUGCUUAUUUUUCAACACUAACUAUGGGCAUUGUAUUUAAUAUUUCAUUGUUAUUCUGUGAAGAAAAACCUCCUUUAAGUUCUUUAUUUGCAGAAGUGCAUCACAAUGUUUUGAUGGAAUUUUCUGAUUUUGUCACAUUCUUUUCAGCCUCUCACCUGCUGCAUUGUGAUUGCUAUUGUUUGCCUUUCCACAUAGUCAUGCUAGAUACUUAUAUCUCUUCUUGAAUGAUUCCAACUUUCUGUUUGAAGCCUUAAAAUCAAUCUUGCUUAACCUACGAGCAAUUUCAAUAGCCUUGGCACGUAAAAUGGGCCCUGAAAUCAGCACGUUCUUUGCCUGUGUUACAACAAACCAUUCCUGUGUGAGUUUGUUAACUCUUUUGUUUUUAUUUAUUGUUUCCCUUCGUUUGAAGAGUGAAGAGUUUCCUUGCAACCAUUUGUUGAUAAUAGAUUCUUUCUUUUGAAAAAUUAUGAUUGUGUUAUUCCAAAUAUUUCAAAAAUUGCAAUCAUUCUUCCUUUGCACUCUAAUGCUUCAACACAUUCGUGUAUUGUCAAGAGUUUGCUCUUCCCUGAACUCAUCGUUCACAGAGCACUAUACCAAAGACACAGUAUAUACUUAAGUAUAGACAGUUCAACUGCUUUGAAUAUUCAGAAGAAACUGACUUUUCACACAAGCUGCUCGGGCUAGGAGAGAAAAGUCAGCACAUGCGUUGUCUAAAUCUGCUUCACCUCUGGGAAUUUAUCGAUCUCUAGCGCAUUGCGCUGUGUGCCCCAAGCAGUUAUAAAGGUCAUUUCUUCAUCUGACUUCUUCCCUUUUCGCAAAACCCCUCGGUUGCCAGCUCAAAAUAAACUGAAAAAGGCUGUCCAUUGCUGCAUUAAGUAGGUUCCAUUAACAGCAGGUAAAAUUGUGUGCAUUUUAUGUAGCAAGGAUCAACAUAUUUUUCCAUUGAAAGCAGUUUUCCAGUAUUACCAGAAUCUGUUUUCGACAGGUUUGACUGUAUUUAUAUAUUCUUUAUGAAUAUCUAUAACUAACCUUUUCAAUAUCUUUUUUGUUUUUUUAGGUUUAAUAUUUGACAACAAAUAUUGAGAAAGUAGUGUAAAAUUAUUCAUCAAGAUGACAGAAUUAAUGAUUUUCAUUGAAUUGAUUUACAGUAUUAUUUGCCUGAAAAUGUACAAGAUUGUAUUAAAUUGUUUUGUUUUUUUUUAAACAAGAAAUUAUAUUGCAAUAAUUUCAUUUCCUGAAAAUACUGAUUCUCUUUUACUAUUAUUUAUUGGUGCUGUUAAAAACAAUCAUGCUUCAUAAAAAAUCAAAAGAGUUCUCAGAAAAUUCUGUAUUCUUCAAGGUUGUUAUCAAUAACUCCAAAGCAAUAGUCUAGAAAUUUAGUAACGAUUUGUAUAAAAAAUGUUUUUUGUUGUUUUUUCUUUGUUUUCUUUAGACUCUCUUGUAACUAGUGCCUACACAAUAUAGAGAAGUUAUGUAAUGCUGCAGUAAAAAUCAGCAGAAAAAGUCAUAAGGCACAUUCCUGAUAGCAAAAAAAAUUAAUAAUUCUUGUUCCUAUAUGUAGUAAAUUACUUCCUCUAACAUGUUUCAAACCUGAAUUCAUGUUUUGUGGGUCUUGAAGAAUUGGUUUAUGGUACAGCAACAUUCUGUCAACGAUAGAGCUUAACUGAUGAGACAAUUUUCUCCAAAAUUAGUGUUCCCUGAUGGAUUGGGCUGAACUCAAGGCCCUCUGAAUUUGAAAUUAAUAGUUUGAUCUUGAGGGUAGUUAACAUUUUCUUAUUAAUGGCUCCAAACUUUUCUUUAAACUUUGCGAGUAGAGCUAAAUGCUGUGAAUAACAUGACAUAAACAUGGUUUUUAUUUAAUGUUUUAAUUUUUCAAAAAUAACUCAAAUUUAAGUUCAAGUAGUAGUAUGCUGUUUAUUAGGGUUUUCAAAUUAUGCAAGAAAGUAUGUGCUGUUGUUCUACCGCCAGUUUACUUGCUUAUUCUUACCUUCAAAUUAGAACAUAUUAAGGCUGUAAGGGAAUCUGGAAAAUCUGGUUCUACCAACAAUGCAGUUUCUUUUGAUCGCAAUUUUAAAUGUUUAUUGUGCAUUAAUCAGCAGUGAAGCAGAACAAUCUUCACUAAUUUUUGCUAAGCUUGGGUAAAACGUCAAUCUGAUUGGUUGAGAACAAAAUUGCAUUUAUCAAUUUUUAUGUUUGUUUAUUUGUUUUUUUGUCCAUUUUACAGAUGUGUAUGUUUAAAACAAUCAUCCAUGAAGGUUGUAUUAGAACAAUUGUUUAUUUUCAUUUAUAUUAAAAGAGUAAAUAAGUAUAGAUAUUUUAGUUGUGUUUAUAACAUAAAUUUGCACUGGAAUUUCAGACUGUUAAUUAAAAUCUUAAAAAAUAUUGUUUCCUUUUGAAUGUCCUUUGCUGAUUUGUUUUUUCAUGGCUGAAUAUUGGUGGCAAAUGGACCCGCUAAAAUAUUUAAGACACCUUAAAUAUUAUUUCCCAAGCAAGUUAAUUCCAUGCAUUUGAAUCCUUUUCUUUUCAUGUGCAAUGUAUCCUCUCCUUAACUUUCUGAUGCAGUGGGGCCUUGGGGGAAUGUUAUCAAGUUGAAUUCUGAAUAUGUUUUAUGGCAAGAAUUGAAAACAAAUAUUUGCUCUGAUGUAAUAAAAUCUAUUUUCAAUGGUAAAUCAGCUAUUGAUUUGGGUUCUUGUCCUUCGUGAAGGAAAAUACUGUCACUACAACAUGGAG